AGCUUUGCUUUUGGAAAUGACGAAAGUCCCAAGCCUUGCCGUAUCCAAUCAGAAGGUGAUCAGCUUCGUUGUAUUGUGCCGCAGGGAUACCAAGUUCGAAGCGGUGACUGCCCUGGAAACGACAUAUGGUCCCUCUAUAGAGAUCGUACUACUCUGAAAGAAUGCGCACGGCUUUGUUCCUCUUCCACCCAAUGCCAGGCUUUCAUGUUCUACAACAAUCACCGUUGUUACCCGAAGACAAAAACGUGUGGUGUAACUUCCAAGAGCAACCCUCUCAACGUGUUUUACGACAAAGUUCCUUCUGGCUACACCAUGCGUCCAGGCGACUGCCCCGGCAAUGACAUCUGGAGUCUCUAUAGAAGAAGCGCGACUCGGCAAGCCUGCGCUCAGAAUUGUGAUUCCAGCUCCACUUGCAACGCAUUUAUGCAUUAUGACAACCACGAGUGUUACCCGAAGACUAAAGGGUGUGGCGUAACAAGUCUUAGCAACAAGCUGAACAUCUUCUACGACAAGGUACCUGAUGGU